AUGUUAGGUGAGCAAACCCUCAAGACACUAAGCAGAGUUAAGCCUGGACCUCAUGCUGAGACAAUCAAUGAUAUGAAGACAUCUUCCAUGUAUGUGUGCAAGUCCCUGUGGCCCGCGCUAAGUGCACUCGCAGGGUACCGAAAGACAGAACGGAGAGACAGCCAGGAUAUCCUAGCUUCAGGUGCAAGGUCGGUGCGGACGACUGAAAGCCAAGGCAAGCUUGUCGAUAAUCCAUCGACCCGUAAGAUUUCGAAGAUCUUCUUCUCUUGCAGGGUUGCGCCAUUAGUUCGCGAUCGAGGCUUCCACGUCGCCCUAGCAGGGGAGCUGAUGCGUCCGGGAUUCGAAGGAAGGCAUUAUUGCAUGAGCAGUUCAAGGAGUGUUCAAGACCCAAAGUGUCGCUGGCAUGUAGAGCCCAAAGACCGUCUUGACGCGAGGCGGGCGGCCCGUACUUCGGCCAGAACCUUGAGCACUCAAAUCAUCUGGAAGAUUGAGCUGGCUGGAGGAGAAUAUUGCGGUUGGGUUGCCGGGAGCAGCUGCUAUACGGCGGCGGAAGGCGAACGUUGGGCCAAGUCGACGAGAUCGCAGCGACUCCUCCGCUCUCUUCCAAACUGGAGAUCUCCGAUUCCCACGGACUUUUCCUUUGGCCCAAUCGGAGAUACGCCUUCUUUCCCCACUGCUGGUCGAAUAAUACCACUGGUUCCUGACAAAUCUUUUCCUUCGGUUGCCUCUGGCGAUAGUUUACUCAAGGAGUAUCUCCGUGACUCGCUUCCUACACGGGUUCUCCGUCCUAGUUGCCUUCUACAGGCAAAUGGAGUGUGGCUGGCAACGCGCAGCGUUAAUUGGCAUCCGGCCUCAGCGAUCAUCGCCGUAGCACCCAAUCUACACACUAGCCACUGCACUACGAUUGCAGCUUCCGGGAUUCCAAAAGGCCAGAACCAUGACCGUCUGGGUAGGAACACAGAAGUGUGGACACUGGAAACCCUUAGUGUGCAUGAGGCACACCCGGAUUCCGGGAAAUAG